CGGAGUGAUCCGAUCCGGGGUUUGCUGGGCACCGUCUGUCGGCGGCCGCCCGGCCUCCGGCGAGAGCCAAUCAGGGUGCGGCUGGCCGCACGUGGAGCUGAGGGGACUCAAGAGCGCCGCGGCCGCGGCUCACUCCCCCCGUGACGGGCGUCCCGGCGGUACAGGGCAGCGCUGGGGGCCUCCGCGCCGCCGCAGCCCGCUCGGCCCUCGGCACGGCCCCGCCACCGCCAUGAGUGGGCCGUACCCGGAGGAGAGCUGCCCCGAGCGCCCCGAGUGCAAAAGUAAAUCGCCAACUUUGCUGUCCUCCUACUGCAUCGACAGCAUCCUGGGCCGGCGGAGCCCUUGCAAGGUGCGGCUGCUCGGCGCCGCGCCCAGCCUGCCCGCCAUCGCCGCCCGGCCUGAAGCCGAUAAGGCCGCGCAAGGUAAGACCCGACGACGACGCUCUCCCCCUUUCGAGCCGGCUGAGCUGCACCUUCCUCCCAAACUGCGUCGGCUCUACGGGCCAGGCGGGGGCCGGCUGCUGCCGCCGAGGGCGGCGGGGCCGCGAGGGGACCGUCCGGAGGGGCGGCCGGAGGGGGGCGCCGGCCCCGUGCCCGCCGCCGCCCCGUGGGACACGCUGAAGAUCAGCCAGGCACCCCAGGUCAGCAUCAGCCGCAGCAAAAGCUACCGAGAAAACGCUCCCUUCGUGUCGCCGCCGCUUGUCCGGGACGAGCUGGGCAGCCCCACCACGCACGUCGAGGAGCGGCCGGGCCCUGCCGCCCCGACCGCCGAGGAGGAAGAAGAGGAGGAAGAGGAUGAAGAGAUGCUAGAGGAGGAGGACGAGGAAGAAGAGCUGGAGGACGACGAGGAAGAGGAGCUACUAGGAGAGGACGGCGGGGGGCUGCUGAAGGAGGCCCGCCGGGGCACCGCCGCUGCCCCCGGAGCGGAGGGCGGGGAUCUGUCCCCCAAGGAGGAGCUGCUGCUGCACCCCGAGGACGGCGAGGGCAAGGACGGCGAGGAGAGCGUCUGCCUCUCGGCUGGCAGCGACUCCGAGGAGGGGCUGCUCAAGAGAAAGCAGCGUCGUUACCGUACCACCUUCACCAGCUACCAGCUGGAGGAGCUGGAGAGGGCCUUCCAGAAAACCCAUUACCCCGACGUCUUCACCAGGGAAGAGCUGGCCAUGAGGCUCGAUUUGACCGAAGCCCGAGUGCAGGUAUGGUUCCAGAACCGUAGGGCUAAGUGGCGGAAGAGGGAAAAGGCUGGGGCUCAGACACACCCCCCAGGUUUGCCUUUCCCUGGUCCCCUGUCAGCAACUCACCCCCUCAGUCCAUACCUUGAUGCUAGUCCUUUCCCUCCUCAUCACCCAGCUCUAGACUCCGCCUGGACCGCCGCAGCCGCCGCGGCCGCCGCCUUCCCCAGCCUGCCGCCACCGCCCCCCGGCUCCGCGGCGCUGCCCCCCGGCGGGACCCCGCUCGGCCUCGGCACCUUCCUGGGCGCGGCCGUGUUCCGCCACCCGGCCUUCAUCAGCCCCGCUUUCGGCAGGCUCUUUUCCACCAUGGCUCCCUUGGGCAGCGCCUCUAGCGCUGCCACCCUCCUGCGGCAGCCAGCGCCGACCCCCGAGGGCGCGGUGGGCUCAGCGGGGCUGGGGGACCCGGCCAGCGCCGCCGCAGACCGGCGGGCCUCCAGCAUCGCCGCCCUGCGGCUGAAGGCCAAGGAGCACGCCGCUCAACUCACCCAGCUCAACAUCCUCCCCGGGAACAGCACCGGGAAAGAGGUGUGCUAAGGCCCGGCUGCGUCCCGGGGCGCGGCUGGGCUGCGCGGGAGAGGGAAGAGAGAGAGGGAGAAGGGAGAGUAAAUACACGGAUAAAGAAAGGUGGACACCUCAGACAGCACGAAUCAAGACCAAACGGG